AUGGACGCCGGCGGGGGCGGCGUCUUGGCCGCCGUGCUCUGCAUGCUGCUAGUCUUCGCCAUCUUCCCCCUCCUCCUCUGGCGCCGUCGCUCUGAUGCCGCCGCCAAUAACCACCGCCUCCCGCCCCAGCCCCUCCAGGAGGAUCAGGUGCUGCACGGUCGCGCGGCGGCGCGACGGAUGCGUCGGAGGCCUGGGGCUGCCGGAGCAGGCUCGUCUGCCGCGUCAACCAGCCGCACUGGUACCACAACAGCCAAAGCUCAAAGGCUCUGUUUUUUCCCCUUCCCCUUUUUUCUGUUCGCCCUAACCCUAGCCUCGGUCCUCGGCUGUGCAGUUGUAGAGGACGACGCGGAGAGUGAUGAGGAGGAGGUCCCCGAAGGUCGCAACGUCCCCAGAUCCUCCAAAAAGGAGAAGAAAAGGCAAGAGCGAGAGGCACAGCGUCAGGCUGAAGAAGCUGCACGGGAUUCAAGGAGGAGUAAACAAGACCGAUACGACGAGAUGAGGAGGAAGAAGGAUGAGGAGCGUGAGGCACAAGAGAGGCAAUUGGAAGAAGAAGCUAGGGCACGGAAAGCAAAGGAAGAGGAGGCUGCUGCUUUAGAGUUUGAGAAAUGGAAAGGGGCCUUUUCUGUUGAUGCUGAAGGUACAACAGAGAGUGAGACACAAGACGAUGGUCAGGGUUUGCUCCACAACUUUGUGGAAUACAUCAAGAAGCAGAAGUGUGUUCCCCUAGAGGACCUGGCUGCAGAGUUCAGGAUGCGAACCCAGGACUGCAUCAACCGAAUUGUUACUUUGGAAAGCAUAGAUAGGUUAUCUGGUGUGAUGGAUGAUCGUGGGAAGUUCAUCUACAUCUCCACUGAAGAGAUGAAGGCAGUUGCAGAGUACAUCAGGAAACAAGGGAGAGUGAGCAUAUCACAUCUGGCCAACAACUCAAACCAGUUUAUCGAUUUGGAGCCGAAGGCCCAGUACGAGGAGGAGAGCCAGCAAGAUGACAGUGCAGCAGCAGGCACAGAACCAUGA